ACUUUUCAUUCAACAGACACUUACUGGACAGUGACUCUAUCUACCAGGGCCCUGCCUGCUCUUGGGGAACUCACAGUCCGGUGGGGGAGAUCGCCAUGUUGACAGGGCGCUGGCCGCACACACGGGGCUCAGCGCCACGGAGCUGCCACCCUGCUAAGCCUGUAUCUUCUGUUUGGCUACGGGGCACCUCUGCUGUGCAAUCUCAUUGGCUUUGUGUACCCAGCAUAUGCUUCCAUCAAAGCCAUCGAGAGCCCAACCAAAGACGACGACACUGUGUGGCUCACCUACUGGGUGGUGUACGGCCUGUUCGGGGUGGUCGAGUUCUUCAGCGACCUACUACUCUCCUGGUUUCCUUUCUACUACGUGGGCAAGUGUGCCUUCCUGCUGUUCUGCAUGGCCCCCUGGCCCUGGAACGGGGCUCACAUGCUGUAUCAUCGUGUCAUUCGCCCGCUGUUUCUAAAGCAUCACGAGGCCGUGGACAGCGUCAUGAGCAACCUCAGUGGGCAAGCGCUGGACACGGCAGCCGGAAUAACCAGGGAUAUUCUGCAGGCCCUGGCCCACAGCCGGGCCCUCAUCUCCCCAGUGGACCCCAAAACCAGCGUGACUCAGCCCCAGAAGGGCAAGUGAGGCACCCACCCAGCUCCCGCACAGACCUGCUGGCUGGCACGCUGGGCGACACGGCUCAGCCCAAGCCCUCUGCGGAUUCUGCGACUGACUCCCCGGCCGACCCCUCCACCAGCCCCUCGUCCCCGAGCAAGUCAGGUUGUGGGAGUCCCUCCAGAGCCACCGUGGGGCAAUUCCAGGCUCAUCCCAUGGCCACCAGCUCUGCCACCAUCUUCAAGCUGCCCAGCAAGUCCCGGAGCCGGCCUCAGUCCCGAGCCAACUCCUCCGGCCAGCCCCACGCCCCCAGCCAGCAGCACCCCCACACCUCCAACACAUCCUUGGGCCCUUCGCACCGGUCCUCAGGCUCCAUGCAGCGGACCAGCACCUCCUCCAGCCAGGAGCCCCCGCCCAGACAGUCCCCCAGCCACACCCGCAGCCCCAGGGGGACCCCUGAUGGGCCAGGGAACGGGAUCCCCCAGGCCUCUACGUCCAGCCUACACCAGCAGCCGUCCUCAGCACAGCCCGCCAGCAGCCCCACGGUGCCCGAGCUGCCUGUGUCCUGCCAGUCUGACUCCUCCCUGGAGGACUACACCUUAGAGACCCCCACCGAGGUCACCCGUAGCCGGCCGUACCACCACGGCCUCCGAUGCCUGCAGCACUGCUGGAGGCUGAAACACCUGGCCUGCUAGGAGAGGACCCAAUAAAGUCACCUGACCAGC